AUGGUGCUCUUUGAAAAUCACUACGAACUCCUGAACCUGUUCGAGAAAUUCCAAGGCUUGAAGACGCGAGAUGAGCAGGCAGAGAGCAUGGAAUUGGCAGACCAUGCUGGAAUCGUGAUGACCACCCUGGACAAGGGCAUCAAAUCUCUGGACAACAUCGACGAGUUCUUCCAGUACGUCCAUACCGUUGGAGCAAGUCAUACCCAGAUACCGGGGUUCAAGAAGGAUAAUUUCGGGAAAAUCAAAGAGCCGUUCCUGUAUGCGGUGCGAGAGACGCUGCAAGAGCGAUACACGACAAACAUCGAAGUCAUCUACAAGAUCACGAUAGAUUUCAUCAUCGAUACCCUCGUCGAAGGAUAUGAAAAAGCUCUUCAGUGCCAAGAGAAUGCUGUUAGUUCUACAGAGGACUAAGUGAAAAUCCUGAGCUUGACCCUCUCAAUCCGUCCACCUUAUCCAUCAUCAUCUGGGUCUAACAGAAAUCCCCACUUUAGCUCAGGCACAAGAUUGGAAAAAAAACCCUUAUCAUGGUCACUUAGAUAUUGCCAUCGGACUUUUCUUCUUCGAACCCAUUUUGUUCCCAUAUGUGUACCCGUGAGAGGCCAUCAUGAAGAAAGAUUGUGCGACCUGGGACGCCCGGAAUCGAGUGAGAGAAAAAAAAACUUGCUUUGGAGAUUUUAACUUCCCUUUUUUUCCUCUCAGUCCUUGACGUAUCGUGAGUACCGCUCAAGAUGAGAGGACGUAAUAUCGACGUUCUCCAGUAAGAGUUCCUGUUGUCCUUGUCGAGUCGUGAAGUGAGAACAUUCCAUUCUUAUACGAUGCUUCACUUGCAUGGA